AUGCUGACCAUAAUUCCCGUGCUGCCCACCAGCAGCACCACAACAAGCACUUCAUCAUUAACAAGUUCACGUACAACUGCAACUGCCUCCUCAACAUUCAGUUCCUCGAUAACCAGUUCAAGCACAACAGGAAGUAAUAUCAACAUUAACUUCGAGUGCGACAUCCACAGUCACUGGCAGCACAUCAAUUUCCACUUCGAGUGCCACGUCAAUAUACACCAGCAGCACAUCAGUUUCCACGAGCGUCAACGUACACCAGCAGCACAUCAAUUCCCGCUUCGAGGCAAUAAUUUCCAGCUCGAGUGCCACAUCAACAUACACCAGCAGCGCAUCAACAUCGACCUCACGUACCACAUCGACGCUUUUCAGCUACACGGCAACGUCGAGUUCGUCGAGCACACCGACUUCCAAGACGAGCUCGUCGAUUGCAUUGACUUCCACGAUGAGUUCGUCCAAUACAGUGACUCCUACGACGAGUUUUUGGAGCUCCACCACGGCUCCAACAUCAACAUCAUCGUCGACGGGCAAAUAAACGCGCACCGGAGAAACCACGACAACACAAGCCUGUCGUCAACAUCCUCGUUGACAUCGCUGGACACAGACCACUGUCACCAUUACCUCUGA